GGAGCCAUUCGCAAACCUCGACGCGCUGCCCUGCCCUGCUCUUAUGUGUCUCCUGAAAACAAAUAAAUAAAAUGUCGUCCGAAACCAGCUCGGAAAUCUUGGAGGAAAAACCUGCCCUUUUAGCUACGGAACCAGCAGAAGAUGAAGAGCAACACCGUGGAACAGUGGUGAAACCCAGUGAGGCCAAACUGACGCUGUAUCACUGGACACAGUCGUUUAAUUCUCAGAAGGUGCGUUUGGCCAUAGCAGAGAAAGGUCUCCCCUGUCAGGAAUAUGACGUCAGUUUACCUCUCAGUGAACACAACGAGCCCUGGUUCAUGCGAUUGAAUCCGGCUGGUGAGGUACCAGUCCUGGUCCAUGGGGACAAUGUCAUCUGUGACCCGACACAAAUCAUGGACUACCUAGAGAACAAUUUCAAUGACUGCACACCCAAGCUGGUACCAGAUGAAGGCAGCACAUACUAUCACAGAGUGCAGCACUACAGAGAGCUGCUGGACUCACUGCAGAUGGAUGCGUACACCCAUGGCUGCAUCCUUCACCCAGAGAUCACAGUGGACUCACACAUACCAGCAUAUGCUGCCACAUGCAUUCGAACACAGAUCGUUAAUACUCACACUGAACUGAAGAAAUUGGCAGAGCAGAACCCAGAGCUUAAAGAUGCCUAUGUAGCAAAACAGAGGCGCCUGAAGACUAAAUUAUUGGACCAUGACAACAUGAAGUAUCUGAAAAAGCUCCUGGAUGAAAUGGAAAGUGUGAUGGACCAGGUGGAGACAGAGCUCCAGAGAAGGGUGGAGGAAACACCAGAAGAAGGUAGUCCGUCCUGGCUGUGCGGAGAGUUCUUCAGCAUGGCUGACAUCUCUCUCGCCGUCACCUUGCACCGCCUCAAGUUCCUCGGCCUCUCCCGUCGUUACUGGGGCAACGGUAACCGCGUCAACCUGGAAACCUACUACGAGCGCGUGGUGGAGCGCCCGGCCUUCAGGAGGGUUCUGGGCCACGUCAACAACAUUCUGAUAUCGGCUGUGCUGCCCGUGGCGUUUCGCGUGGCCAAGAAGAACGCACCCGUGAUAGUCGGUAGCACUCUGUUGAUAGGAAUUCUAGCAGGUGCGACAUAUUUGACCUUUCUUUACAUGAAGAAAAGAAUAACUGCCUUUAGCUGAGGGACACUGAGGUGUUUGGUUGGAGUGAGGAGGCUGCAGGGGAGAAAUACUCAGAUUAUUGUCAGAUGUUAUUAAACAAAUAAUGAUAUGCUCAAUAAGCCUAAUGAAUAAAUUAUGUCUAAAUGAAAAACUCCUUAAUUAUUAUUUAUUUUGCACAAACAGCACUUUUAGUUUCCAUGUUGUGGCUGCUGGGAAUAACCAAGGACUUAUUUUAAAGAAACACAACAGAACUUCUGCAUGUCUCACUGAUUAUACUGUAAAUCAAACAUAAGCAGGUGUUGUUUUUUUUGUGACUUUCCGUCUUGAAUCACAUUUAUGGCUGGUGAUUAAAACAGAGUUUGGAUUUAAAGUAGGAGAGACAAGGUCAAGCAGGGUCGGACAAGUGCAGCAGAGAGAUAAAGAUUAUAUUUAACAACUUGCUUCAACAUCAGUUGAAGUUGUAGCUGCCAGGCUGGAGGAGAAAAGAAGAACCUGGAGAUUUGUCAAUGUAGUGGAAAAGGUCAUGAAAAUGUCUGGUGUGAUAAUAACAAAGACAAGAGAUGAAGCGAUGUGAAAUGGAGGAGGCGUCUGGAAGAAGAAGAUACUACUGUGUAGAAUUGUUGACAGAUGAUGGCUCAAAAUAUAUAGUUAUUGCAACAAUUCUGCAGUAGCAGAAGAGUUAACCUCAUCUCUGGACCAAUAGAACGGCUAGCAAACAUACAGCAGUGCUUCAUCAAAUAGCUUGGAAGCUUUAAUAGCUUAUCCCAAGUCAGUGUCUAAAAUAAUCUGUUUGCACUGUCAACAUUACCAUUAGGCAAAUGUUUUUACUCAUCGUUAUUCUGGUGUACUACUGUAUGAACAAAUAAUAAUAAUAAUAUAAGACAAUACCAACCAAAAUUAACAUCAACUUGUACUUGUAAUGAGUCGGAGCUGUAUUUUAUUUUACCAGUCUACCAUUGUUUUAACCAAGUCCACCAUGGUGUAAAAGAAAAAAAAAAUUAAAAGCUUGUCAUUCGACGUGUGGUCAGCCCAUUUUGUGUUGUCAUGUCAUGUUGUCAUAUGCCCACUGGAGAGCAGCAUUCUCUUUAGAAACAAUCUCCUAUUCGUUGUUCUCGUAAUAUAACCGGCCAGGGUCGGAUGCUGUGAGCCUCUGCAUGUUUCCAAUUACCUAUAAUUUCAAACUCUCUUCUUUUUUUCCACGUUCAUUUUAACAGUGAAGUAAUUUUGGAAAAAUAAACCUUUUUGUUGAAGCUGGACUCGCUCAGGUAUUGUCAAAAUGAUUGUCCCUGACAUUUAACAAAGCAGAUGUUUAACAUCUAACAGGUGGUUCAUAGUAAUUAGACAAAGACAGACGUCAUCAUGAAGAGUGACACCAUGGUCACCUUUUCACUGUGGGAUAUUACAACACAGCACAAGCAGAAACAACCGGUCCACAUGCAAAAGGAGGGAAAUGGGAAAAUACAGGCAGCUCCGAAUUGUUUAAAGUGCAUUACUGCCACCUACUGGUGAGGGAGCAUUUGAGGUGGAAAUGUCUAACAGUGUUUCCUGAGUUACAUUACUGUUUGUGGUUGACUUUUGAUUUAGAAGCAUCCUGACUGUUUUAUCAAGAAGAUUAAAUCGGGAAAAUAUAGGCAGAAUGUAGCACGCCUGCUGAUAAACAUGCUUCCCAUUAUAAAGGCCCGAGAGUUUAACUCAGAGUGAAACUUUAUUACUGUGUUUGAGUAUAAAUGGAUCACUUGUUGCCAAACAUCAUAAAGAUAAUUGGAUACAAGACUAGAGACUUACCAGUAAAGGGAAAGGUACACUCAGACAAGUACGGAGACAAGUAAACUGAGCAUAAAACAUAGCAAAAUAGCUCAAAGUUAGCAAAGAAAUGGCUAAAAACCAGCUAACAGGAGGAUACAACGUUUGAAAAAAAAAAAAAACAAACACAGAAAAUGAACCUAAAUAACGUAAAUAUAUUUUAGCUUGAGCAAAACAGGUUAAAGAAAGAAUUAACAGGUGACAUAUAAGCAGUCCAACUUUCAUGCCACACAUAUAGAACUUGCACAUCAGUGUUUUAAGUGUCUGAAAACCACAGUGAUUUUGCAUUUGGUCUAGAUGCUGCAGAAGAAAAAAUAACACAGUUGUUUCAUUUCAAAGUCAAUUUUUUCAACAUAAUAUCCGUGACACAUCCAUCUCGUCCCGGAUGCUAGCGCGAGGUGGAAAAACAAUAUUAUGUUAUUAAAAAUGAAUUAGAUCCAGAUCUGCACUGAUGCUCGCUUCAGAACUGCUUUUAAUUCUGAAAUAAAGAGCAGGUUGUGGAGGAGCAGGGCCUUCUGAGGGGAUUCCUGGCAAAAUCUGAGUGGAGACACAGAUGUUAAAGGAUUCAGCUGCUUUUGUUGAAGUAAUAUAUAUUUGUAAGCUCUCACUAGUUGGCUCCAACAUAUCUGUGUGCAUAACUUUCACACUUUCAACCUCCUUUGAAGGGAAGGGAGCGAUCAAACACUGUCCAUGCGACUGACACUUUUACUGCUAUGCUGCUAUACGCCACUGGCUCCCUCUGUUUAUUGUCUCAGGUUUUAGCGGCUCUUUAACAGCUCUGUGGCACCAUGGAGUCAAUAUCCUUGAUGAUGUGGCAUAAGAGUGGAGUCCCGUCUGCAUCAAAGCUUCAGUUAUUCUAUAUUAUAACAUCCUGCUGGAACAUUAUUUGUAUGAACUUUCACAACGUCUGGUAGAUAUGGUCAGGUCAGACCACAACUAGAACUUCAUGCACUGCUACUGCUGCCAGCCAAAUAAACAAUGUGAUCUGCGUCACAGGACAUCACCGACUCCUUCCUCCCUCCCUUUUAAUUAUGAGUCCUGUCCACACAUGUGUCUACAUCAGGUGGAGAAGGCCAGGUUUUUAGGAACCCCCCAGCAGACGUAAAUGCCCUCAGACCAGACAGAUGGAGAGAGAGAAAAACAGAAUUUGAAAGUAGAGUGAGUGGAUGAGGACGAGGGAUGCAUAGUGCUUCCUCAGGCAACUGAAAAAAAAUUAAGUAUAGGAACCUGAAAAAAUGAAUAUUGAAAGAGAGCGAGAGGGAGAGUACAACAACUUACUCUUUUCUAUGUUGUUUCCUAUUAGGUUUGUAAACUACUGUACAGUAUGGUCGACCAGUGUCAUUGCCAGUGUCAGUAUUAUUGCAGAGAAACUCUAGUACAGAAGAGACUCUAAACCUAAGAUGUUGCUACAAAUAAGGUUUACUUUAUACCAGUUCACUACCUACUUUCCUCCAGCGUGACUGAGCUUGACUAAUUUCUUCUUCGUGAGACCAAAAAAUAAAUAAAUGGGUCAAAUAUAGCAUUAAGUAGCUAACAGUUAUCUAACAGAUAGUUAAACACCGGCUAGUUUUUGUCCAAAUAAAAUAAACAUCAAUGUGUUGAUGAAAUAAAAACAUAUUUAUGAUAUUUAGGAUAAUGAGAUGCUUCAGGAAGACAUGACUGACUGAAUCUUAGAUUUCACAACAUUUGGCUUGUGUCGAGGCAGCGCUUCCUCAUUGAACUGAGAGUC